AAAUUAGCCAGGCAUGGUGGCUCAUGCCUGUAGUCCCAGCCACCCAAGAGGCUAAGGCUGGAGGCUUACAUGAGCCCAGCAGUUUGAGGUUGCUGUGAUCUAGGCUGAUACCAUGGCACUCUAGCCUGGGCAAUGGAGCAAGACUCUGUCUCAAAAAAAUAAAAAAUUUAAAUAAGUGUCCAUGUAACUUACAGGUCUUACAGGUUAAAGACAAAUCUUAAUCAAUAUGGACAAGCAGCCACUUAGACCAUGAACACGAGUAGCCUGGCUUCUUGUCAUCUCUAAUAUAAGGUAAUAGAGCCAAACCUAGACAAAAUUUGGGAGUAUCAGAAAUUGUAUACCACACAAACAUUUGGGUGCUAGCUUUGUGUCAGGCAAAGUGGCUGGCAAGAUGCUAAGACCAGUCCAGGUCUGGGCGGGGUACAGGGAGGUAAACAUCACAAAGUUACAGUACAAUAUGCUAAACUGUGCUGUGUGUGAUAUACACAGACAUGGUGUUGGGAGGCAGAGCAGAGUGAGGCAAACAGAGUCCUCCGAGCUGAAAGAAGGAAGAGUGGGAGUUAGGGCAGCUGCAAAAUGGGAGGGAAGGGAAAUCAAAUUUAGGCAGACAUAAUGCAGGUGUGAUCACACAGAAUUGGAAAUACUUUACAGAAGAAGGUGUGAGAUAAGGUUGCCUAGGCAUGCAGGAGCCAGGUUUACUGAGAGCCUUGUUUGACCUACUAAAGAUUUUGGGUUUCAUCUUGAAGUCAACGGAGCCGUGGGAGACCUAUAAGAAAGCGAAGGACCUGUUGAGAUUUGUAUUUUGAAAGCAUCCCUAGCAUUUACCACUUUACCUUUCUGAGACCUCACCUCCUCCUAUCAAGUCUCUAUCUCAUUUCUCUAUCUGAUCUGGAAAGGACAGCUACCUUCAUUGUUUACAUUAGAUAUCUUGAUUAUGCUUAGCUUGCAUAUGAGUUUUGGAAUAGAAAAUAAAUUUCAUGGACAUCCUCUGUGCCUCUGUGCUUAUAGGAUGCUCAAGCCUGCAUUUAAGUUUUUAAUCUCUUAGUGACAAUUACAAGGUAACAAAUUUGGUCUCUUUUAGGCAUAAUAGUUGCAGUGAGGCACUUAGUAUGCAUUUUCUCAUGACUUUUCUGAAGCCAGCAAGGUCUGGCUCUUCAUAUGCAUAGGUACAGAAAGGUGAAAAAAAGAGAAAGAGUCUUCAGGCUACACUGGUGAAAGUAUGGAGCCAGGAUUUAAACUCAGGUUUAAUUACAACAUUUAGGCGUUUCCCGUUCUGCAUACUAACACUGUGGGUUGAUAGUUUAGCCUGUAUAAGAGAUGCUAGGACACUGAUAUAGAAUAGUUUUGCAAGUGCAUGAGGCAACCAUAUGAAUAAACCUGAUUUAUGCCCCCUUUUUGGGGGCAGUGGUAGAAAUGUAAAAUUUAGAAAAAGAGAGUUUCACCAGUAGCCCUUAACCUAAAUAUAGUGCCCCCUGUUCCUUUCUGUUCCAAACUUCUGGGUUUUGUCCUAAUAGCACAUUUGUGAUUUAUUUGUUUAUUAGAAUUAAAUGACCUAAGAAGGGCAGAACAAAAGUAAAGGGUGCUUGUUACUUGAAGGUGACUUACUGUAAGUCUGUCCAGAGGCUUGUCUGCCUGUUGUCCUGCCUGUUGUUUUUUUUUUGUUGUUUGUUUGUUUUGUGCCUUUUUAGGCAGACAGUGCUGUCUUUGAUCCUGAGGGCCCAAAAGAUUUAUGUCUCAGAAAUCAACCAACCAACCAACCAUGUUCACCUGCAUUUUAAUUCCUCUGCUGCUUGUUCAGUUAGCUCAAAGGCACAUACUGGUACCUUCAUGCUUCUUCCUCGUCUUUGUAAUUCUAACAGGUAUGACUUUAACUUGAAGAAAGGAAGAAGGUAGAAAUGACCUUCUUAGGAAUCCAGAAUCUAAUUAUUGAUUAUUCAUUAGCUUAAGAACCCAUUAAAAGAGCCAGUAAAUCCUGUGGAAAAUGGCCUUCAGCGAUCUUACAUCGAGGACUGUGCGUCUUUAUGAUAAUUGGAUCAAAGAUGCUGAUCCAAGAGUUGAAGAUUGGCUCCUCAUGUCCUCACCUCUGCCACAAACCAUCAUCCUGGGACUCUAUGUCUAUUUUGUCACUUCUCUGGGACCAAAGCUCAUGGAGAAUCGAAAGCCCUUUGAACUCAAGAGAGCAAUGAUAACAUACAAUUUUUUCAUAGUACUCUUUUCUGUGUAUAUGUGUUAUGAGUUUGUGAUGUCUGGCUGGGGUACAGGUUAUUCAUUUCGAUGUGAAAUUGUUGACUAUUCACGGUCACCCACAGCUUUGCGGAUGGCACGUACCUGCUGGCUUUAUUACUUCUCCAAAUUUAUUGAGCUUUUAGAUACUAUCUUUUUCGUUCUGCGUAAGAAAAAUAGCCAAGUGACUUUCCUUCAUGUCUUCCAUCAUACGAUCAUGCCAUGGACCUGGUGGUUUGGAGUCAAGUUUGCUGCAGGUGGUUUGGGAACAUUCCAUGCCUUUCUAAAUACAGCUGUACAUGUAGUCAUGUAUACUUACUAUGGAAUAUGUGCAUUGGGACCUGCCUACCAGAAGUAUUUGUGGUGGAAAAAAUAUUUGACAUCAUUACAGCUUGUCCAGUUUAUUAUUGUCACCAUCCACAUAGGCCAGUUCUUUUUCAUGGAGGAUUGCAAGUACCAGUUCCCAGUCUUUCUGUACAUCAUUAUGAGUUAUGGGUGCAUCUUUCUGCUGCUCUUUCUCCAUUUUUGGUACCGUGCUUACACCAAAGGUCAGAGGCUGCCUAAAACUGUGAAAAAUGGAAACUACAGAAACAAAGAUCACUGAAAUACAAGCAAAACAUGAAUCUAUGAUUGAGACUGAUAUCUGUCUUCCUUGACAAUCAAGAGAUAUUUACCUAUGCAGUGAAUUUUGUAUAUUUUUCACAACUAAGAGCUUGUAUUUUUAUGAUAAGUUAAUUGGAAUUUCUGGUAUUUGAGAGCCCAAAGCUCCCAGGUAACAGUCUUCUGAUAAUUAGAGCCUAGAGCAGCCUGAAAUUUUUAGCUGCUUUUAAACCUAAUCUAAAGGUUUUGUUUAAUACAUUUUGUUACAGUGAAAGGAAGAUAUGAAGCAAUACUGUACUCUUCAAGGAAGUCUGUUAUACAUGAAAAAUAUUAAGUAUUUUGAACACAGACAGAGAUCCAUGCAGUACAAUAGAUUCUUUCGGCUGGGUCUGGAAACCUCUAACUGUGGGGCUCUGGCUUUGUCAUUUGUUGCUAAUAUUUCAGAAGAUACUGUAUUUACUCUAAAGUUAAAUUCCCAUUCUAAAGAGCUAACAUAGUGAACAUUAAGUGUAUUUUUGAUAAGUUGUCAUUUAAAAUCACUAAUGAUAAUUUUUAAUGAAUCUUUUGAGUUGCCACCACCAGUUUUGAUAAGACUUCCUUUUGUUGUGCAUAAGACAUUUUAGUUGUACACAGUGUUUCAAAGUAAUAGUCCUUUCAGUUAGUGAUACACUGAACACUAAAGUUCAGUUCAUAUUUUGAAAACAAGGUGAUUUGUUUUGAUGGAUUCACAAACAUUUUGCUCUUACUAUUCUAUCAUUAACUUUGAUCUCUGGAAAGAGAUGAAUUUGUUAAUGAAAAAAGUACUGUGUAGUUCGGUGGGAAAAAUUUGUUAUCUGUUUUAUUAAUAUCAUUUUCUCAUAUUGUCAUGGCUUAUAGGAUUACUUUGGUUAAAUAUAUAUUGGUUAGCUCCUUAAAUGUUCAUGUCAUUGGCACACUGCAGGUACCCCCAAAUCGUAAAUAAUUUUAGCCCACUCAUUAGACACAAUCUCCAGAUAUGAGUUAGAGUGCCUUGUGAAGCCACUAGAAGCAAAUGGUGGCACAGAGAAUAUCUGGGGAAGAUUCCAUCAUGUAAGCAAGGGCUGUUCUACUUUGAGAUAGAGACAGACUACGUAAUAGUUAUAGAUUCUCUAGUGUUAUAGAUACACUGCAUGAAAAAGUAUUUUCCAGAAUUGUAAAUUAAUUCAUAACUUGGAUUUCUUUUAUUCAGACCUAUAAACCAUAUAAUGAAGGACUGAAUUCAUUUAGCAUAGAUUUUGUUUCUUAUAAAAUUGCUACUUCCUAAAAUUCUCUUGUUUUCACAUUCUCUUGUCAGAGAACCAAAAUUGCUGGUGAAUAGAAAUAUUGUCCAAGAAAUAGCAAUAUUUGGACAUUUGUGAAUGUUUCCCUAUUGCUUUUUUUCUUGUUUUAUUUAUACUCAAAUUUGAAGGACUGCUUAUGUUUGUAAGACUUUAAACAAUUAGUACUUAAGGCCUCAGUUAUUGUGUAGCACACAGGGAUACUUACUGUACAACACAACCUAAGUUUUACUCAGUAUCAUGGCCUUUAAUCUUCACACUUACCAGAUUCAUAUAUUUGCCUUUAAGUGACCUUUUUUGAUUUCACUUGCUUACAGUAGGAGAAGAUGAGGGUUGAUAAGUGGAAGAAAUUUCAUAUUUUUUAAGUAAAAAAUAAAGAACAGGAGAGCAUAGCUAAAAGAAACAGUUGUGUUCUAAUUUAUUUCACUAUAAAAGUCUCAGAAUUCCUUAAGUGUUUUUCAGUUUUGGAUCUUCAUAUCCAACCUAUGCUAAAACGAGAAGAUAUGGUAGGUGCUGUUAUAUAUACACACACAAUUUUCAAAGACAUGAGUAGGAUAAGGACCAAAAGGAGGCAAAAAUAAAAGAGGAUAAAACAGGAAAGUUCGAUUUAUUUCUUAUGUACUUUCUGACCUGCAUCAUACGUCCUCCCUAACCUUCCUGUAGUCUUUAAAAUGUUUGCCUUGCCUAUGAACUAACAUGAUAAAACCACAUUCUCAAUCAUACAAGCAGAAGUAGAGAGGUACAGUGUUACAAAAGAAAUCAUAGCUGGCAGAAAUAUCCUUGGUAUAAACAUCAGUAGAUGAAAAUGAAUGUCACUAGAUACAGAAUUUGUAUGGACAAUAUUUUAUUAAAAGGAUUCUGUGUGGUCACAUAGAGUUUCUAUUGGGGUUUCAUCUCACUUUUCAGGACUUUAUUGCCUAAAGGUUUGCUUACCUGACAAAAAGCCCAGUUACAAAAUCUAGUUUAUCACACAAAGGAGCUAUGAAUCCUUGAGGAGCUAUAUCUGUACUGUAAAUAAAUACAAAUACAGAUUUUUAAAUAUCUAUGGAACAUUGCCAUUUUACAGUCUUAAUUCUUAUUAAGUAGAAUUUUUAAUUGUACUAUAUUCUGAGAUAAAUUAUGAAAUUAUGAGGUAUAUUCUUUCAGUUAUCCGUUAUUUCUGUUAACUUUUUAAAGACUGGAAAACUCUGUGGAUGUUGUCAAAGUGUGGGUUUGUUUUUCUCUGUGUAUUAUAAUAAAUUUGUGGUACUGCAUGUAUAUGUGUGUGUGUAUGUGUAUAUUUUAUUUCAGAAUCCAGCUGCAUGUGUUUGUAUGUGUAGGCCGCUUUUAAUUUGAAUACUCACCAAAUCAGAGUAUUUUACAUGUGUGUUGUACAUGUGCUGCAUUCAGAGCCCUGUUGCCUAAGACAUAAUUGGGACCUCCUGGAGCUUACAGACUGGCAGAUGAAAUUAAGCUACAGAGCAGCAGAUGAUAGAUGCUGGAUGAGUGACAGUCCUGCCAUUUGCAAACAGGGAAGGCUCUAUGAAGGAAUUUGAAUUUGAGUUGUGUGUUUAAGAUGUACAAAAUUUCAAGAUGAGUGUUGGGUUAGUGCACAAGGUGUUUUAGAUGAAAAGGAAUACCAAAUUAAAAAAGAAUAGUUUUGCCAUCCCUACUGAAAUAAUGGCUCUAGCUAAUGAUCAUCACCAGUUGCUAAAACAAUUAGGUGAAAAGUUGACGGGGGAAAUUUAUAAUGAAUGAUUUAUAUCGACACAGCCUGAACCCACUUAUCAAUCUUACUGUCAUUCAAAGUGGGACAACCAGAUAUUGUGCCUCUUAAUGUGCCAUAAUACUAUGAGGUAUUCUCACCAAAAUUUGUUUAAAACUUGAAUCUAAUCAGUCCUCUCUAUUUCUAACUUACCAGUUACUGGAAUACAGUGGAUAGAGGAAGAUGUUAAAAGACUCCAAGAGGAUACAAUCAGCCAAACCUAGAAUGUAGGAAAUUCUAUAGGAUAGAUGACCCAGUUUCUUCAAUAAAUAAAUGGCAUUUUUAAAAAGGAACAGAGAAGGGAACUUUUAUAGAUUAAAAAAGACUUAAGAUUUAUUAACCAAAUGUCAUUUGGAUCCUGAUUUGAACAGAUUAAAUCAUAAAAGGGCAUUUUUGUAACAAUCAGAUACAAAUAAACAUGAACUAAAUAUUAAAAAAUAAUAGGAAAUUAAUGUUGGGUGUGCUUACUGUAUUGUAGAUAUAUUCUUAAAGUCCUUGUCUGUGAGAGGUAUACACUGAAAUAUGUAUAUGUAAAAUGAUAGAUUGUCUGUGUUCAGUUUUAAUACACUAUAAAAUGAUA